CUUUUCCUCCUCCCACCGCAGCAGCUCAAAAUUUUCCCCAGAAACCCUCGCCGCAUCCACCCACACCCACACCCACCAUGCCGCCGCCGCCGCCCCCUGCGCUGCCGGACGAGCUUCUCGAGGAGAUCUUCCUCCGCCUCCCACCGGACGAGCCCGACCACCUCCUGCGCGCCUCCCUCGCCAGCAAGCUCUGGCUCCGCCUCCUCUCCGGCGCUCGAUUCCGCGGCCGCUACCGGGACUUCCAUGGAGCUCCCCCCAUGCUCGGCUUCCUUUAUUCCUGGCUCUACAACUCCCGCCCGGAGGCGGAAGACCCUGUCCCACACUUUGUCCCCACCACGAAAUUCCGUGCUUGCAUUCCCGACGACGACUGGGGGGACUGCGAAUAUGAUGCGUGGGACUGCCGCCAUGGCCGCGUUCUCCUUGGAGAUACGGGCCAUCAACCCAUGACGCUCGUCGUUUGGGACCCCAUGACGGGCCGUCGGAGGGAGCUGUACGCGCCCAGCCCUGUGGGCUACAGCUACGGGGCAGCUGUGCUCUGCGCCGUGACCGGCUGUGACCACCGCACUUGUCACGCAGGCCCCUUCCAGAUCGUCUUUGUCAGCCUGGACAAUGGUGAAGAUGAUCGUGUUGCACAGGCGUGUGUGUCCCUGCCGGUGACGGGUGACCACAGCAAGCCGUGCUUUCGUUCUCAUUUUGAUAAGUGGACCGAGCCUUGCUCUGCUCUUCAUCUUGACUCCGAUGUGUACAUCUACAGAACACCCCCUGUCUUGGUCCAAGACGCACUUCACUUCAAUCUUUAUAGUUAUGCCAGUGAUGACGUAGUAGGAAUUCUCAAGUACGACUUGAGCUCUAAUAGCUUAUCACUGAUUGAUAUGCCGCUUGCGUGGUCUGUCCAUGCCAAUGCUUCUAUCCUCAUGACGAUGGAGGAUGACAGUUUGGGGUUUGCACAUGUCUACGGGUUAAUCCUCAAUCUGUGGUCAAGGCACAUGGGUUCUGACGGAGUUGCGUCAUGGACUCGGCAUACAGUCAUCGAUAUCAAGGACAUUCUUCCCAUUGGAAAUCCAAAUAAAAGACUUAGGCUGAUUGGAUCUGUGGAAGGCACUGAUAUCAUUUUCGUGACCACAUAUCUUGGCAUAUACGAGAUUAAUCUCAAGUCACUGCAGUGGAAGAAGCUGUGCGGGAGACGGGAAUACUGCACUUUGAUUCCGUACAUGAGUUUCUACCAUCCGCCUGAAAGUAAAGUUACAGAAAGGGAGGAAAGGUGGGACACUCAGAUGCGGCUCAAUGACGACAUAGGGUUGAGUAUGGUCAAGGGAAGGCUGCCCCUUUCAUCAACAGGAAAGAUGACCAGACCACCUGAAGUUGGAGGUGACAUGGGUCUUGUGAUCAUUUCUGUUGGUAUUCAGUAGCUGUUGUAGUGGUACUUGUUUUCUCAUCGUCUUGUUGGCUUUUGGUAGUAUGCUUGAUAAUUCCCCCGUGUUACUGGCAUGCGUAACUGGGUGAAUGGAUUAUCUUGUAACGAAUCUCCAGUUUCUUGCAGCAGCAUCAACGAUGUCUUCCAUU